ACUCGAUCCACCCCGUCAGAAGAGAGCAACACGAGCUUGUGCUGUUAGUAGUGAAUGGGUCAGUGCGCUUCGCAUGCUAUCUGGUCUCCAGCAUUACUGAACUGUUCAGAAGAGGCAAGGAUCGUGGUGGAGAGGUACUGACACACGGGCGAGCGGGGCUGUGAAAUAAAAUACCGGGGAAGAACCAAGUUAAUUGUUAAACACAGUCUGGAUUGAUCUUCACCGAAUCUGCGCCCCCACCAGACUCUCCGCUGGCUUUCUCAUUAUUGGCAGAUCGAUUGGAUCAGCUGUCUGUUAAACCCCGCAAUGAUCGAGGUUUAUAUCCCGUCGCUGGAGAACAGAGCUGUAGACGACUCUGGCAAAACGCGUACCGUAUUCCGGGUGGAAGUCCUGUUCAAUGGAAGAAAGCACUUUGUAUCGAAACGUUACAGCGAAUUCCACGCUCUUCAUAAAAAGCUGAAAAAAAUCCUCCACACCCCGGACUUCCCUUCAAAGAGGAACCCGAACUUGAGACAGAAGCCAUCCCAUCAGAGAAGGCAGGAGCUCGAGGACUAUGUGCAGUAUGUUCUACGGUUCAAUAAAGAAGUUCCUAAGGAGAUGCUGGAUUUCCUGCAUGUGAAACAUUUCCAUUCUGUGAAUACAAGUUGUAGUCUCGAAUCUCUCAACGACUCUCAUUCAGAGGACUACAGCUGCAGACUACUGCACCAGCGCGGUGUUGUUGGAUUCUCUAAAGAUCCCUAUGUGCUGGAGGAGAGCUCAGAUUUCCUUCCCAAUGUGAUUGUGGAUGGCGUUCUCCAGGGCUUGUAUCCCCGGGACAUCAGAGUCAGUUUUACUGUGUGCACAAAAAGUUGGCCUCCAACUAAGACAAAGCCUGCAGCCACCCGGAGCUAACCCUGGUGGUCAGAGGCAGAGCUCUCACUGUGGGGUGGGGAGGGAGCCCUCAUUACCGCUAAAGCUUCUGUUUUCUUGCUGCAUCAUUCCCACUGGAACAUUUCACAAGAAAUCAAUUAUUUUCCCCAAAAGGCCAGUAUUGAAAAAACUAAAAUUGUUUCGUUACCCACAACUGAGCCAACUAGGUGCCCGAUAUCAGAAUUUUUGUGGAUUUCAACAAUUGUAGGUAUCCCCUCCCCCCCCAUCUUCAACUGUUUGGUAAUGUUACUAACUUGGGAGGCUGGUAUUGCAAAGUAAGGGGAGUGUUUUGUUAUGUCUGGUAUUUUUCAAUGUGAACCUCCUCCUAGGUUAAUAAAGGCCCUCUUUUCAUA